AUGGCGCACAGGUUCAUCGUCCCUGACUCGAGCCCCCCGGGCAGCCCUGAUCCCAGCAGCCUCUCGACCCCCGAGAAGACGCCCCAGAUCCGUGGCCUGCCCCCCAUGUUCGGCGAGCAUCCCUCGACCACGCCCGCCGGUCCUCCGCCAGCUCCCCCCUCGCCAGCGCCCUCGUUCACACCCGCUGGCGCUCCCUCCGACUCGUACCUGGGCAGCUCCAUCAUGCGCGGUGUCACGGGGCCCCGGCAGCCCAGUUUUGGCUUCUCCACCGACAGCCCGGGCAGGAACCUCUUUGGUGGUGGUGGCCGCUUUGAAUCGCCUGCCAAUGCGCCUCUCGGACGGUCGAUUCGCGGCGGUGCGAGCCAUAGGCAGCCCUCCGGCCUGAGCAGACAGUUCAGCAUGAGUGACGUGGCCCGGGAGCAGGGCGAGGAGGAGCUCGACGAGGACGCCGAGGGUGAGGAAGACGAUCUAUUCUCUGCCGCGCCCCCCGGCGGCCUCUUCCGCCCGUCACUGGGUCCUGGCCAGCUUGGUGGCCCUCCCGACGAGACCGAUAAUCAGAUUGGCCGUCUGCUCGAAAAGGAUAUUGGAUUUGGAGGCUUUGGUGAUGGAGACGUUGAGGGAGAUGAAGAGGAUGAUGAUGAGGAGGAAGAAGAAGAAGAGGAGGAGGAGGAGGAAGACGACGGGCAAGACGGCAACACACCACGACACGACACAUACAAGGGCGACGGCAACAUGAAUGACGGGUCUGAUGGGCAGAGCGAGGACGAUGCAGACAUGUUCCUCAACAUGCGCCACGACGACAGGCAAUACGGACAACCGGCCCUCGGCGAGGAGGAGGAUCUCAUGAUGCUGCACGCCCCGGCUGCCACCAACAAGGUCCGCAAGGAGGCCGAGGCCUUGCUGCGCCGGUCUUCUGCCCACCAGGGCCUGACCGCCAGGCAAAAGGGCUUCGAGUACGCUUCCAUCGCCAAGGACAUGUAUAGCCAUACCGAGGUGGCCCAUCUGACGGAGCCCGCCAACAUCAUACUCAAGACCGAGGCGCUCGUCUGCCGACUGUACGACGAGGGCGUCGGGACCGAGGACGACGAAGAGAAGAUGGACAACUCGCUGGCCAGCAUCACCUUCCAGCUGGUCAAGCUCUGGACGAACCACGUGAGGUCUCUCGACCGACCGCGGGAGGAGGACAUGGCCAACGUGGGCCCCGGCGUCGACGCCGACCCCUUCGAGAAGGCCGCCUACGUCGCACAUCUUCUCCUCCGCUUACACCACACACGAUACGAGGACGAGCCCGACGGAAGCAAGGUGCAGCCUCUUCCUGGAGUCCUGCUCAACUGGCUGCGGGACAGCGGCUACAACCCUUACCUGGACCAGGUGGGGGACGUCAUCCGCCACCAGCCCAGUCCUGCCUGCCACAGCCUCUUCUGGCAGACGGUGCAGAACAGCCUGCUGCGGGGCGAUGUGGAGGCGGCUACGCAGCUGCUGAGGAAUGCCGGCUGGGAGCACGUACGCCGGGGCCCGAGCCGCGAGAAGGCAUACGUGGGUCAGUCGCUGGAGAACGUGCAGCGGUUCGCGGCGGCCACAUGCGAGACGCUCGAGCAGUGCCCCUCGCAGAGCGAUGACUGGGACAUCUUCAACAGCAGCUGGACGCUGUUCCGUAUCCAGGCGCGCGGAACCCUGGACCGGAUGAUGCUGUUCGCCGAGGGCAGGGACCAGACGUUCCAGGACCCGAUGAGCGGCGGCUACAUGGCGGAGCAGCAGCAGCAGCAGCAGCAGCAGCAGCAGUCCAUGUCGACCAUGGCGCGCAAGGCGUCGUCCCAGCUCCCCUGGGACGUCUACGAGAACCUCCAGAACAUCUACGGGAUCCUUCUGGGCGACAGCGAGGCCAUUGUGGGUACGGCGCAGGACUGGUGCGAGGCGACGAUCGGUAUGUUCUGCUGGUGGGACGACGGCAGCCCGCGCAGUAGUAACAAGGCGCUGCGGCUGACGCAGUCGCACAGCCUGCUCGGGUCGACGUCAGCCUCGCGCAGUAACGACGAGUACCUGGAGCGCCUGACCAAUUCGUUCCACAUGGUGCUCCAGUCGGACCUGAGCCCCAACGCCCUGAACCCCGUCGAGGUGGCUGUCGCGUCCGUCUUCGAGGCCAACGUCGAGGGCGUCAUCGGCCUCCUGCGCACGUGGUCGCUGCCGGUGGCCUGCUCCGUGGCAGAGGUGGCAUCCCUGGGCCAGUGGCUCCCCCCCCCCGAGCCGUCGGCGGCGCGCGACCUCCAGCCGUUCGACUCGCUCGACAUGGAUGACCUGGCCGUGCUCAACAUCACGCAGCCCGGGUCGGACGAGCUGCUGGGCAUGAAGGACGACACGCUCGAGAGGUACGCCCGCGAGCUGGCGGGCAUCGAGCAGCUGUCGCCGCAGCGAGAGGGCUGGGAGAUGGCCAUCGAGGUCCUGGGCCGCAUGGACAGGCCCGAGAAGUCGGAGGAGAUCGUCGGCGAGCUGCUCAAGGACAUGCUCGACAGGCUGGACGAGAACUCGGCCGAGACGGUGGACAAGAUGUGGAGGAUCCUGAACGACCUCGGCAUGAUAGCUUUCGCCGAAGAGACGGCAGAGACAUUCGCCGACACCCUCUCCAACGAAUCACACAGGUACGGCGAGGCACUGUGGUACUAUGCGCUGUCGCACCGGACGGACAAGGUGCGCGAGGUUCUCAACCUGCUCAUCUCGUACUCGCUGGUGCAGUCGACGGCCUAUCCGGCCGACCGGGAGCUGGACGGUGAGCUCCGCAACCUGCUGGAGCGACGGUCGCAGACGCUGGAGCGCCGGGCCAAGCAGGACCUCGAGGCCGCGCAGCUCCUGGGCCGCAUGCUGAGCGGGUACGCGACGCUGCGCAAGUUCUACCAGCUCCGCGACGAGCUCAAGGCCGACGGCAACGACGGCAGGAACGUGGCUCCCGUCAAAGCCUCCAAGCUCCGCAAGCAGGCGGCUCUGGCCCUCGUGGCCGUCAUCUCGAGCGCGGACGACAACAUCCGCGGCGGCCUGUACGACGAGGCGCGCGACGCCGUGGUGAGCGAGGAUUUCCUGCUGGCUCUGCUGGGGGAGGCCACAGUCUUCGUCAGCAGCCACCACCAGAAGUCGACGUCGCCGGCCCUGACCCUCGACCAGAUGGACAUCGUCCUCAAGGCAAUCGAGGACCUGCAGACGGUCGGAUCGCGCGUCUACUCUGCCAGCGAGGACUUCUUCAACCUCGUUCUCUCGUCGGCCCAGGGGCUCAAGGGAUCGACGCCCGCAGACCUGAUGACGAAGUCUACAAGCUCCCUCAGCGGGAGCAGCUACGCCAUGAUGAGCGGGACUUCCAUGCUGGCCAGCCACAUGCUGAAGUCUACCAUGGGCGGCAGCGCCGGCGGCAGCAAGGUACAGAGGGGAUGGGACUGGAGGAAGGCGUUUACCGCGAGCACAACGGCUGAUGAUGUCCUGAGAAGACUGCGUCUCGGACUGGCCAAGGAUCUGGCGGGGCUGUGGCUCGAGGAUGCAGAUGGCGUUGCUGUGUAUUGA